UUGUUGCUCUUCUGGAAGGAGCCAUGUGGGAGUCUGCCUCGAAUUCACGCAGGACUCGAGUCUGCCUGAUCUUGAGACUCAUAUCCGAGCACCUACUAAUCUAGACAUCCAAAUUCCUUAGCCCCUACUCGCCCCAUCGUCCCCACCGCCCAACACCGACUCCUCAAACCAAGCCUUCGCCACUGCUGGACACCGGUCUCUCUGCUUAUACAGUAACUUGCCACCAAAUACACCGAACAUAUCAGGGAUGGCAGGAUCCAUCGACUAUGCGCGUCUGCGUGAACAGACCAUGGGCUCUGGCCUAGACGAGGAGGCGGUGACGGUCAAUACUCGAGCCUUGAUCGAUAAAGUCUUGGCCAGAUACUCGGGAGAAUGGACGACGCUACGUGAGCUCAUCCAGAAUGCAGCCGAUGCUCAGGCUACAAAGGUCUCCAUCAAGUUCGAAACGCUACCCUCGCCGAACGUCCCCGUACCACCAGCCAGCGACCCGUCCGCCCAACUCAAGCACGUCUUGACCAAUCACACACUCCAGAGAUUACUCGUCUCCAACAAUGGACAAGCCUUUGCUGAAACAGACUGGCAACGGCUGAAGAGAAUUGCGGAGGGUAACCCUGAUGAGACAAAGAUCGGUGCUUUUGGUGUCGGAUUCUACAGUGUCUUUGCCGACUGCGAGAAUCCGUUCGUCAGCUCGGGCGAUCAGACCAUGGCCUUCUACUGGAAAGGGAACAGCUUGUUUACCAGAAGGGGUAGAUUACCGAAGGAACAAGCUACAGGCGAGACGGCUUUUGUUCUCGACUACCGCAACACAACCUCUCCUGUACCCAACCUGCUAUCCAUCUGCCAAUUCCUUGCUACCAGUCUCACAUUCGUCGGUCUGCAGUCUGUUGAGCUAUGGAUUGACGGAUGGAAUAUGAUCACCCUCAACAAGAAGAUGGCUCCGUCAGCUGCUGUGGCCAUCCCCAACGACAUCAAUCCAAAGACAAAAGCAGGACUCAUGAAGAUUGUUGGCGUAGAGUACCAGAAUGCUCAAAUUGACGCGACAUGGUGCAAUGUCAUCGGGUGGACACGUGUUGCCGGUGCUCAACAACAGCUACAGCCAUCCUCCUCCGAAGCACCGACCCAGUCAUUACGAGGUUUCUUUAGUCGUUUUGCUUCAGCCGCUACUGGUCCUAGUGCUGCUGCUAAACGUGCCGCCAAAGAGGAGGAAGCCGUUCAAAGGGCUAUAGCCGAGGAUCUUGCAGGUUCGAGCACUGCCUCGGUCUUCUUACGGAUAAGUACCGUCAAUGUGCAGACAUAUGUCAACAAGAGCUUGUCUGCCGAGCUUGAGCGUGCCACAAAGAAACCUCCGCCAAAGCACACAAAGAUUGCCAUCUUGACAUCCUCUUACGAUGAGAGCUCUGUAUCUAUGGCCACUUUCUCAGGCUCAUCAUCGGGCAAAGCUUCUGAGAUCUUCGCUUCUGUACUUCCUAGCAAGAACGGACGUGUUUUCAUUGGUUUCCCAACUGCUCAGACGACUGGUCUCCUUGCCCACAUUUCUGCCCCCUCCGUCAUUCCUACAGUCGAACGUGAAAGUAUCGAUUUGAACGCGCGCUGGGUACGUGACUGGAAUGUUGAGAUGCUACGAGUCGCUGGUAUAGCAUGCCGCGUUGCCUAUACAGGCGAUAUGGCCGAACUCAAGAACAAACUUGAACGUCAAAUGAUUACUUCCGGCAACAAGAAGGUCCAAAAGGAGGAUAUCGAAGCCGUCAUGGCUUCGGCUAUCCACACCUUCAAGCAGUACACAUUUUCCGAGUCCACGCCUUCCUCCCAAGUUGGUGCCAUCAUCGAAGAAGCUUUCUGGACUUGCAAUCAGAAAGGGUCCAUUAACCUCUUGUCCACUCGUGGUGUGCUGCCCAGCUUCGAGGUCCGCGUUGCGACUGAAGACCUCAGCUUCGUUGAUGGUAUACCUGUAGUUCCAGAUGAGAUCAUGGAAAAGGCCGCUGCUUUCAUGAAGAAUCUCAAAGAGUACGGACUCUUGUCUGACAUCACUACUCAUGAUAUCAAGAAAGAGCUAGAAGCCCGGGCCCUGGAAGAGAAGCAGUUAACAGAGUUGAUCAAGUGGGCAACGGGCAAACUUAGUCGAGAUGAGCUAGACGUGUCUGCUCUUCAUUCGCUUUUUGACGGCACCGUCGCUACGAUCGCUGAAGAAUUCACCAGCACUUACCCUAGUCCGGUGUUACUACUGGGUAGCAUUGACUCAUUCCCAAAUCCGAGCAAAGUACCUUCCGAGCUACCCGCAUCAUCGACAACCAUUCCCUUCCGCUUCGUCAAGAACGUGCCCAAGAAUCAGCUUGAAGCAUUCGGAUGGACCGAACUUCAGAUUGUACCAUGGCUACGGUACCUUAUCGAGAAAGACGGCGCUGGUCUCUCCGCAGAACAAAGUGUUACCAAAUCGCCUCAAUUCUCUGGCCAAGUCCUUUCUGUCGUCUCGAAAUCAUGGGAUGGUCUUAGUCAGUCAUCCAAAGGUACUGUGGUGCAACUUCUCGAGCCAAGGACGGUCAUACCCACCAAGCUUGGUAUGCGCAAGCCAGCUCAGUCUUACUUCGCAUCUGUGAAACUUUUCGACGACCUGCCGACAGUACAUGGUCUUCAGGGUGUCAAGGAGAAAUUUCUAUUGCCUCUUGGAGUACGUAAAACAGUUGAGCUCUCCGUCGUCUUUGAAAGACUCAUGGCGAAAUCAUCUGGCGCCGCUGAAGGCAAAUGGAGCCAUGUUGACUUGAUCAAAUACCUUGUCAGUGUUCAAGGCGACAUCCCGAAUGAAGACUACGACAAGCUACGUAAGACGCCAAUCUGUCCCGCAGAAUCUCAAGGUGACGCUAAGGCUACCGAGGGUAAGCUUUACAAGGUUUCUGAUCUCUACGAACCACUGCCCAUACUGAGAGAGCUUGGCUUGCCACUUGUGCAGUGGCCUGGUGAAUUCCGAAAAGCCAGUCCAGAGUCCAAGUUCCUCAGUGUCCUUGGACUCAAGGCCUAUCCUGGUGUUCAAGACUUGAUUCUAAUCAUGACAAAGGCAGCUGCUGAAGGCGACUCUAAGCUGUACGAGAAGACUCUCCAAUAUUACAUUACGAACCACUACGCCAAUGGCUAUCGCACUUUCCCGGUAGAAAAAGUCACAGUGCCCUUCCUACCACUUCAGGGUGGUGAUUUGAAGAAACUUGCCAUACCGACGCAGUGCUUCGCCAACAAGAGAUCUGCUAUCCUUGGCUUCCAGAUUAUUCGAGAGGAUUUGCAAAAGCAUGCAGCCCUGUUCAACGUUGAACAAAAUCCUCCCAUCACUAUCUGUGCAGACAGACUCAUGAAGAGCCCUCCCAAGAGUCGUACAGAUGCUAAGGACGUCUUCAGCUAUUUUGCAGGUCGACUCAACGAGAUUGGUGCUUCCGGCAAUCUUGCCGAGAAACUUGGCGAAUCACGUAUGAUUCCAAUCGUCAAGGUCGGCUCCGGUAGCGAGAAGAGUGACAACAUCCGCUACACUGCUCCGAGAGCUUGCUUCCUAGGCGACAGCGCCACCUAUGGCGAGAUCUUUGACUUUGUCGACUUUGGUUCCGAAGCCAAUUCGUUCCUGUUGAAGGUCGGCUCUAAGCAUGAACCUAGUGCUCCAGAGCUCGGAGGCAUGCUCGUUCGUGAACCCUCACGUUUGUUGGGUACUCUCGGCCAAGAGAAAUAUCUGAGCCUUUUGCGUCGUAUAGCUGACAACGCAAGUGGUCUGAAGAACGACAAGAUGCUCUGGGGUGCACUGAAGCGCUCUCCCUGUUUGCUCGCUGUCAAGGAGAUCGCUCCUAUCACUAGCAAGGUAACAGAGGACGAGCAAGACUACUUCGAGGAAAAUGAAGCAGCCAUCAAGGAAUGGCAUCUCGCCGUACCCUCGAGCAUUAUCCUUGUCGACGAUUUUUACAGCUACCGCCUUUUCAAGGAGAGAUUGCUUGCUGGUCCUCAAGAGGAGAUACUCGAAAACUUGUAUGCUGGGCUCGGAGCCACUUGGAUCAGCAGCCUGAUUGAAGACGACCAGCGCAUGGGUGCUCUUUUGCCCGACCAAUCUACGGCAGCCAGGCUACAAAAUCUCAUCGUGGAGCGUUGUCGAUUGUUCCUACACGAUCACACAGCGGACGCAAUUCGUCACGAUUCAAAGUGGCUUGAAGGUGUGCUUGCUGUCAAUGUCGUCGGCUCGCUGACCUUGACCAAGACUCUGCGAGGAUACAAUGCGACAUACAAAGAGAAAAGGACGGCUGCCCUGCACCGAGACACAAAGAAAGAUGCCACAUUGUUUGUGACCACUCGUCCUGACUUUUACGAGGUUGCGCGCGCGAUCAUGUCUCUUUUGCUCAAACGAGCAAAACAACAAGACUUCCUAGCUCUAGAGAUGAUCUUGGAGAGUGAUUUGCGCCGACUGAAGACCAAAGGCUAUAAUGUAGACCGUAUCCUGCGACAGAAAGCAGCAGAAAAUCGUAUGGCCGAGAACAAGAGACAACAGCAAAUGGAGGAGGAGCAGAAAAGAAUGACAGAACGAGAAGCUGAGUGGAAUGCGCAACAGCAAACUCGGGCCAUCGACGCACCUCACUCAUUGCAAGCUACGCCCGAGAAGUCCAAGCCUGUACCAGGUGCUUUUGAGGCCUCACCUGAGACUACCCUUGCACAACGUCCCAAGAGAGGUACGGGCUUCUUCUCUAAUCUUCAGAGGCAACUCGGGUUCGAGACGGGUUCAACGGAGCACCCUGCCGAGCAGCAACGUCAGAAGCAGUUGCAAGACACAUCGCGUCCAGAGGCAGGGCCUUCAGAUGCUCCGCCCCCAUACUCUGAGAAUCCGGGACAAGUUGUGAAGAAGUCGACUGUCAGCCAACAACCUGAAAAGAUCACUCCGCCUCACCAGAUCACUCAAAAUCUGAUCUCAGCAGUCAACUCCUCUCGUGCACACGAUUCGUCCUCCCUCUUCUCUCCUCCUGCAGAAAACACGGUCAAGGAGACGCCAUCCUACUGUGACUCGAGUCCUGGGCACGAUCUGACGUUCGUCGGGAACACAUCUGCAGGUGUCAAGAUCUUCCUUGCCAACGCUGUCCCUGCAUCGUCCAGAGCAACAUUCUUGCAAACUCAUGCUACGCAGUUGAAUGCUUUCGCUGCUCUCUUGCUCGACGUUGGAAAUGUUUUCCUUCUAAGACCACAAUCCCUACACAUCUACUACAACGAAUCUGGUAGCAGCAUCGCCUUUAACCGUCAGGGAUCCAUUUUCUGCAAUCUCCGCUACUUCUUGCAGUUGCAUUGGCAGAAUUAUGGCACUGCUGGAGGAGUUGGCAAGCAGGCAGCAGCAGUGUACUGGUACGUUACCUUGUGUCACGAAUUGGCACACAACCUGGUUUCGGAGCAUAGUCAACAGCACGAGUUCUAUACUGAGAGCUUUGUGACUGAGUACUUUGGCAAGAUGAUGGGGAAAUGCUCACAAUAUGCAGCAGAGCCACCACAAACUAUCACUCAAGGUUGAUUGUUCGGGAUCAUGUAGAUUAUCGAGCGGGAGUUCAGGAAUGGUAGAAGCAUAUACAUGGCGUUUAGAGUUGUUCAUAGGUGGGACAGGAUAGCGUAGAUACCUAAUAAUAGAGAUACAUCCUUCAGUCACAAUCUAGAG